AUGUCUGCCUCCUCUUCCAAAAGGAAGAGCAAGGGGCGCCUGGCCGCGGCUGGCGGCUCCCCGCGGGAUGCUCCCCUCGGCGCUGCUGAGGGCGGGCCGCUGGCGCUGCGGGUCGCCGACGCCGUGGAGGCAGGAGAUGACAAAGUCCCGAAAAUGCUGCGCAGAACCCUGGCGCAGCUGUCGCUGAGCAGCAUGAAGUCUGCGGAGCUCUGCAUAGGGCGGCCGGCCCUGCUCACCUCAGCUGAUGGGCGACAGGAGGUCUGUACUGCUUGGCCCACUGCAGGCUUUCCAGGUGGGAAGAUUGGGCUGAAUGAAACCACGCAGAAGAACCUGAAAGUAAAUCCAGGUGAUGGUGUCACUGUGCAGCCUGUGACUGGUGCAGUCAUCCAGGCAGAGGAAGUCGAUGUAAAGUUGAGGGACAAAGAUGCCACCGUUAAUGCCGAGGAAAUGUCUGUGUGUCUGCUGAGAAACCUUGAUGGGAAAAUAGUUCUACCAGGAAACCUCUUGGCUUUCACUUUCUAUGGCAAACUGUGCAACAUCGUGGUGAUGAGAGUGAAAGGAACUGAUGGUGCAGAGCUGAGUGCCCAGGGCAGUGCCAUUCCCAGUGACCCAGACUUUGAGAGAUCUGAUUUGGAGACAAGUGCCUUGAAUUUGUCCCUACAGCUCGGCAGGAUGGACAUUGGUGACAGUCCAGGGGUUGCAUCUUUGAGCACACCAAGCAAACCAAUGGAUCCAGGCUCACCAGUUACACCCAGUUCUGUGACAGCCAGUGGUCCAGACUCUGGUCAGGGAGAGAAAACCCACAGCGAGGGAGAUGGUGCAGACCUCACCGAGGAUUCGGAGUCAGCUGGGAAAAGCAGCAGUGAGGGACUCCCAGUAACCGGAGCAAUGAGCAGUACAGACUCUUUUUAUUUCAUUUCUUCAAGAACUAGGAUCAAUUUUAUAGAACCCAGGACCAGUGUAGCAGAAGAUGGCGACUGUGAGUCCCAAGUCACCUAUGACAUGAUAGGAGGUUUGAGCAGCCAGCUCAGAACUAUUAGAGAAACAGUUGAACUGCCCUUGAAGCAACCUGAACUGUUCAAGAGUUACGGAAUCCCUCCUCCUCGAGGAGUGCUGUUAUAUGGCCCUCCAGGCACCGGGAAGACUCUGAUUGCCAAAGCCAUCGCAAAUGAGGUUGGCGCUCACGUUACUGUUAUUAAUGGGCCUGAAAUAAUAAGCAAGUUUUAUGGGGAGUCUGAAUCGAGGUUACGUCAGAUCUUCGCUGAAGCCUCUCUGCGUCGCCCCUCAAUUAUAUUUAUAGAUGAGUUGGAUGCACUCUGUCCAAAGAGAGAAGGGGCUCAGAAUGAAGUGGAAAAGAGAGUUGUUGCUUCAUUGCUGACGUUAAUGGAUGGCAUUGGCUCAGAAGGCAGUGAAGGGCAGCUCUUGGUGCUGGGGGCCACCAAUCGCCCCCACGCUCUGGAUGCAGCUCUGCGCAGACCGGGGCGUUUCGACAGAGAGAUAGAGAUCGGAAUUCCCAGUGCCCGGGACCGCCUGGACAUACUCCACAAGCUUCUCAGGAAAGUUCCCCAUUCGCUCACAGAGGUGGAGUUGGUGCAGCUGGCUGAUAGUGCACAUGGUUAUGUGGGUGCAGACUUAGCAGCCUUGUGCAAGGAAGCAGGUUUGCACGCCUUGCGGAGAACGCUGGGGAAGAGCCCUAACCUGUUAGACACCGAGGUGGCUGGGUCAGUGAUGAUUGCUUUCAAUGACUUCCUGCAGGGGAUGAAUGAUGUCAGGCCCAGUGCCAUGAGGGAGGUGGCAAUUGAUGUGCCAAAAGUCUCUUGGUCGGACAUAGGAGGACUAGAAGAGGUGAAGCUGAAAUUGAAGCAGGCAGUUGAGUGGCCUCUCAAACAUCCUGAGUCCUUCAUCCGCAUGGGGAUCCAGCCUCCAAAAGGUGUGCUGCUUUAUGGACCUCCUGGGUGCUCAAAAACCAUGAUAGCAAAAGCUUUGGCCCACGAAAGUGGGCUCAACUUCUUGGCAGUUAAGGGACCUGAGUUGAUGAAUAAAUACGUUGGUGAGUCUGAACGAGCAGUGAGAGAGAUCUUCAGGAAAGCCAGAGCGGUGUCUCCUUCAAUUCUUUUCUUUGAUGAGAUAGAUGCCUUGGCAGUGGAAAGGGGAAACUCCUCAGGUGCUGGCAAUGUAGCAGACCGUGUGUUGGCUCAGUUGCUGACGGAAAUGGAUGGGAUAGAACAGCUGAAGGACGUGACAAUUCUGGCAGCUACAAACAGACCGGACAUGAUAGACAAGGCCUUGCUGAGACCAGGACGAAUAGACAGAAUUAUCUACGUGCCGUUGCCAGAUGCAGCCACUCGCAGGGAGAUCUUCAAACUUCAUUUUCAGUCCAUGCCAGUGAGCGAUGAAGUCUGCUUAGCUGAGCUUGUUGAGCACACACAGAAGUACUCAGGAGCAGAGAUAACAGCAGUCUGUAGAGAAGCAGCUCUUCUGGCUCUCCAGGAAGACAUCCAUGCCCAGUCCAUCACGGGACGGCACUUUCGGUGCGCGCUGACUGCCGUGACCCCGAGGAUUCCCGACUCGUUAAUCCAGUUCUAUGCAGAUUAUCAGCAGCAGAGUGGACUGCACACGCUUUGAGAGGCAAAUUAAUACACACACAAAUUCACACACAGGGUGAAUAGCAAAUUUCCUUCAUAAAGCUGUCAGAAACCAAAUAAUUUUGUAUUGUGAGUGGAGUACCUAAAGUUAAUUAAACGUAGAAUUGUUGUAAUAGAAGUCUGCGGGGAAGUUUUGAGUGUAAUAGAUAUUGUCCUAAACUCCAUAUUUUACCAUUUCAGUGGUAUAAACUGCAUUUUACAGGUAGUAAGAUUGCUGAUUUAAGUUAGUUUAUCUCAGUGGAUAUCCGCGUAUAAAAAAAAAAUUAUCAAAUUCUGAACUUUUGGGGGAUUCUUGGCCCUAAAGAGAGAACCAACAAAUGCCAUUACUGUCUUCAUUUGUUCCUGCCUCAGCCACAGUUUAAUCCCAGGGACCAUCCCAGUGAGGCACAAACCUGGGGAGUGGCCUCUCUACAAAAAAUGCUGAAAAUUAUUGUGACUCUUUUGAUUUAUGACCUCCAACAAAGCUGCCAAACAGGCUUUCCGAGAUAAAGCUGAAGUAUCCUGAUUGAUUACAGCCAAACAUUUAUCUUUGGUCUUAACCAACUCCUGUUCAGACAUACUGGCAAGUAGGCACCCUGAAAACCAUCUAUCCCUUGACUAACCUGAACCCACAGCGAAAAGGAUGAGGAAAAGCAGGUCAUUUACUUAGUUCAGCUGAUGUAUGUGCAGGUUUUUUCUUUUUUUCAUUGUUAGUCUCUUUAACAGUCCAAAACCAGAGGGAAUUAAGAAAAUUAUAAACUGGAAAAGUUGCCUUGGAGAUCAAGACUGCAACUGAAGCUACUUUAGUCUUCUUUUCUAAAUUCUCUAUACUCCAGCUUGGAGUUCAGGAUGUGAACCAUUUAUCACAACCAUUACAUUUUUGAUGUUUCCAAAAAUUAAAUGCCAUACCUUUAUCCCCUGGCACUUUACUCUGGUGUCUGUUCCUGAAGGGAGGAAAGAGAGACUGCAGUUUUUACUGCCAAUAGCGAAUUCUGUUUGUAAUUUUGUAGCCUAAAAGUAACACUCUGCGAUGCUCUAUAUGAGUAGCAAAACUAUAGGGCCAUUCCUUUGGAAGUGCUCAGAUUUAUCGGGAACAUGCACCAAGGCAUGAAUGUGAGCUGAGAAGCUGCAAGACAGGCAGGUAGGAGCUGGCUGGCCUUUCCAUUUGUGGACUCCUGCUGCCAUCAGAGGGAAUUUUGCACGUUGAAUUUUAGGACAUUUAGGACAGAAGGCUGGCCCACGUCUGUUGUUUGUGCCUUGGGAAAAAACCCCAUCCCUGCAAAUGUUUAUCCUCUCACUCACAUCUGUGGUACCAAAUCUCGUGAUACACACCUACAUGCCUGAAGCGAUUUUGGAUGCAGGAAGAUCCCCUUUUUAUCCUUGGGCUUGUGGAAUUUGUUUUUUGAUUUUUUCUUUUUUAAAGUAAGGUAUUCUUAAAAAAAAAAAACGUAGGUGAUGGCAAAUUUUUGAAGUCCCUAGGUGUCUGUUGCUCCCAAAAGUUCUGUUCGGAAAACUUUGCCAGUCUGGCACCGCUCAGGAUCUUAGUCCAUCCCAAGCCACUGAUAAAUUGAGAUUUAAAGAAAGGUACAGUGACUCCCCAUCUCAUUCCUAAUGACAGAACGCCGUUAUCAUGGACUAGCAACUUGAAACCCACUUGUCAGAAUUCUGAAAAAAAUAACCAAAAAUUCAUUUUUGGUCAAAACACACCAUCACUGUAGUCCUUUCAUAAUCCAAUUUGGCGAGAGCUUUUGCACCCUGAGCCUCUCAUUGGAACUUACUGAUGAGGGCACUGUAGGACAGAGCACUCCAGAGGCAUCUCCCAUUGGCCUGUCAUUUAAACAAGUGGGUUUUAGCUCAGAGCUGAACUUUUCACAGCGUGUUUUACUGAACACAUCGUGCCUUGGCUCUGAAUCAAAUCUCUUGCAGUGUGAGGCCGUAUAAGCCUGAACACCUCUGUGCUGCAGAGUGAAUCAAAGAGAGAGGUGUUCUCUCUUCUGCUGGGUUAAUCACCAUUGUUGUUUGGGUGUUUCUAUGAGAUGUUAUUUUAAUAAAGUGAUCAAGCCUCAGUGAG